AUGUUUACACCAAAAAUAAAUCAGCCUCCUUAUCCUGUAAAUGAGGACGCUGUACACCACCGCAACAGCAGCGAAGUCAACAAUGGCAGUUACGGCCUCCCAAAGUCGCUUAUAGUAGGCGGGGAGGUUGUUGAGAAGCCCUUCGUGCGCCGCAUUGUUAAGCCCAUCAGUUCAACUGUACCCUUUGGAAUGGACUCCGAUGAGACAGAAGAUGAGCAUGUCGAUGUUCCCUCUGGAACACCUCCUACAGAUCUCAGUAAGCUGCAAUCGUUUGGUCUCGCUUUCCUGCAUCCUGAACUACUUGAAGUCGCUGGUCGAACAGGCGUUAAUUCUGUUGUUUCCCAAACGCUGUUUUAUUCGUGCUAAAUCAUUCAGUUAACUUUUGCUUUUCCUUUCAUAAACAUUCAUGUGAUAUUUGAUGAUGUUCACUUAAUACAGUCAAAUUCUAGUUAAAUUUAAAUGCUCAGUCAAGCGAAAAACUGUCGUAGGUUUCCAUUAGAAAACAUUGUGUUGUUGAGUACUCCUGUUACUUAAAUAUGCUUUUAAUUAUUCUCUCUUACCGGCAUUCGUUUAUUCCUUUGACCUUGCAAUGGAUGUGGACCAUUGUAUAAUUCGUAGGAAACAUCCAUAAACGAAUAUAUGCCAUGGCGUAAGAAUAGAUACUUUGUAGUCUUAAAAAAUACCAGAAUUGUGAAGCAACUUAAAAUCGAGAAACAACGCUUCCUGUGAGACGUGAAUCGAUGCGAAAUGCGUUCAUAAAAGGGUAUAUUGUUAAGAUCUUCCAAUACAUUGUAUUUAGAUCUGCGAAGGCGUCAAAAAGCAAAAGAAAGUUUAAUACGAUUUACUAGCCACGUUUUCGGGUUUGUUUUGCAGGUAGUCCUAAAUAGGUGCACUCGAAAGCCGGAAAAAUGAAAUGCGAUUUUGUCGCCAAAUAUUCAGUGCUGCAACCCUUAUCAAGUUACAAUUUUUAAUCAAGCAGUUACUGUAAAAUUUUGGUGAAUAAGUCAGUUUGCGUCGGCUGUGAAGGUGAAAGGCAAAAUCUGUAAUUUUUUAAUUUUUUGGUUUGCUUCUCACAGAUAUAACUCAUUAUCAUGCAUUCCGUGACAAGCUGUAGUAGCAUUACGUGAACGGUCUAGAAUUCAACUUAUACUACUACUAAUUUAGAAGUGUAUAUUUUGCCUUGAAUAGGUAGUACACCUCCCUCCACUAACCGUAUAUCAACACCACCUUAUCCAGUGUUCGAGGCUCCGCCUGUUCGUGACUACGACCUGUGUCGCAGGAGUAAGCAAACACAUUAAUCCCUUACCGCACCACGGGCAUUUCUGAGGUCGAAGAGAAAUCGGCCGAACGACCAUCUGACCAACCUACUUCCAAACUCUCCUUCUGGACAAAUACGACCCAAUCUGAGCGCGCAUUCCUCCGCUCCUUUUCUUUAUUUUGCCCGGAACCCUUACUGCGACACAACAGAUUUUUGUUUGUGUUUCUGCUUGUGCGAUCAAAUAAAAGAGUCUUCAGAAGCAGCAUUUCUACCCUACUAAUCUCCGCAACCGAACUUAACUUCUAGAAUGAGAACAGAACAUUAGAACAUUGAUUGCUCAUAAAUAACUCCUCCAAACUUAUACAAAAUCCUAUUUUGGUUUAUUCAUCAUCAUUACGGUAGAAUGUAUGCGAUAUAUUUAAAGUGGUUAAUACAACUCUCUGGGUAUUCCAAAAGCGAUUUAGAAACGAGCAAACUGUAUACAAAUCCCAAAUUUGCCAAUGAUUUCAUUGCCCUCAGUUUGGUGAACUAGAUACCUACGAUACUAAAAAUGAUCAGAAAGUGCUCGUUUCAGACAUCCCCAAUUCCUCUAUGUAAAUAAAAUUAUCUUUUGAUAACCAGCCUAGUGGGUUGUUGUUUUACAGCCAUAUAAUGCCCAUUAUUUGGAGGUACAAACAACAGACUCGUACACAGGCUAUGGUUUACUGUGUGCAAGGCACUUAGCUGAAGUAAGAUGCAGCCUUCGGCCACUCGGAGGCAGGAGAUCGGCCGCACAAAUUAAUUCGUAAUGUUUGUACAUGCUUUUUACUAAUAGGCCGACAAUUUUGCCCAUGUCCACGGCUCCUCGAAAAACACAUCGGACUCGCUUGGUGACAUUACGCGUUUUGCCUGGAUCUCAUGAUCGAAACCUGGGUUUUAUUUCGGGACUGUACUCAACGUUACACAUGCGAAAAAAGUCAUGAUUGGGACUAAAAAUUAGACCACACUAUUCUACGGUUUCAAGGAGCAGAUACAUACUUCUUUGUAAGAAGGGACAUUAGUCUAUCGAGUAACCAAAACUGCUUGUCCAUUCUUGCCUUUGGGCUCUAUGCAAAACUCUCACAGUCAGCCGCAUAGCGAUCAGGAAGAUGGGCAAAAUUACGUUUCAACAACGAGACGGGCUACUGAGAUGGCCAUUUCUGGCUAAUUAACCCUCCUUAGUCGGCUUCGCCAAAGCCGGUAUGUGGGACACCUGGGAUACGAACCCAGGAUCCAUGCUUAUUGAGUCUAACAAUCUAGUAUCGAUUCACAUGCUUUUUGGCUUGACAGGUACGAUUGGGCGUAUUACUCAUUGUGAGAAAGGACGUUCACUGAUCAGGUUACAGGAACUGUUCGUACCGUUGCGCUUUGCAGCAUGAUGUAGAGCUUGCUCUCUCAGACCACGAGAAAUAUGCUCAGAAGAGAAUUACCGUAAGUUGUACCGUCAUUACCUUACAGACCGCGUUGAUUAGAGCAACGACCUAACCUUCACAGCGUCGCUUGCAGUUAGACGUUGACGUCGUACGUGACGCGGCAACAAUGAACUUUUGUCGUCCUUAAAAUAUGGCUUGAGAUGCCCCAACGAAGUUGUCGCAGUAAGUGCGAACCGCACCAUCUUAGAUGAACUUCAUGCAAAUCUAGCGCGACAUCGUUCUGAGUUAACGUCUACAGUUUUGUGUCUUCAAAUUGCAAAGGCCAGCCUUUCUAAAUCCGAAAAAAGACUGAUACCACGGGUUUGGAGUACACGCAGGGAUCGAAGUCGGCUGAAAUCACUUGAGUUGAAAAGCACAUUCGACUGCUUGAAAAAAACCUUCAUAGGCGAUACAUGUGAAACUACUCAAUUUUCAAAAACCGGAUAGAUUUCCAUUAAAAGAAUAAAACUACCAGCGUGGUUGAAACCACUGGACAUUAGAUUCGGAAUUAAUUCUUCACCGCCAAAACUGCAAAAUGUCUCCUUAUAUAAUCUUUCCUGUGACACCUUUUACAAUAUGGAUUGCAGAAUUCAGUCUGCAAUGACGUUCGGUUAGAUUUUUAACGGAUGUGGAUGGCUGUUGUUGACAGGAAAUCGGACAUGAUAAAGAAACGAGAGAACCUACUGGUGGCAGUAAUUGUUACCGGCAUAGUGGUUAACACUGAUGGAACCGACGAAUUAUUAACGAUAUUUUCUGCAAGUUACUCGUAAACAGGACAGAGUCAGUCAGUUCAUCAACGCAUAAACAGGAAGCUGUCCUGAUUAGAACCUGUUCUUCUGUUUCGUCUAUUAGAAGCCACGUAAACACGAGGAUGACUCAGACCUGCAUUUUGAUGCUUGUAAAAUUGAUGUUAAGAUGGUUCUCAAAUUUUGUUUCCCACUCAUUAUUUUAGUCUGGUACGAGGAUGCCCGUACGCCAAAUAUCAUGUACCGUGAAGCAAAAGAGUCGAGCACCGGAACACUUCGUUUAUUAUCCUGUACCGUAUCAUGUACUGUCUUGUCUCCCCAUGCUCGUCUAGUCAACUUAUGUGUCUACGAGGACAGAGGUUGAGUAUACGCUUACAGAAUUCAAAAAGGAACCCACCUUUUAUUGACGCCAGAUGGUUGCGUGCCACUGGCGAUGAACCAGGGAUUUUUGGCUUACGCAUAUUUCCAUAGGUUUCAGAAAGGUUCAGCUCGUCUUCAAAGGGAGCAGGGUGGUUGUGAUAGUGAGUCGAAAUUGAGAAGUCCCAAAAAAAAGUUUAAGCUGAUUCGACGGCAAUUAUUUCACAAUGUAGAUAACGUGUAGUCACUAAGUGUACUGAUGAAUAAGCUAGCUACGCCGAGUUCUUAGGCCUACUGACUAGAAGAAGACGUUUAGCAUCAGUAAUUCUCGUAGUUUUCUAUGGAAAACUUUUAGGCUGCUUUUAAUGUUGCCUGAUGAACUCACGACAUCAGAUUUAAAUGACAUUGUCUGACUAGAAAGCGAUAUGCUUUAAGAUGAUUUAGAAGAAAGGGUGGCGAGCGAACGUUGCUUUCAAUAACAUCUCGUCAGGCCAAUAUAGUUAUAUGGGACGGGAUAUAGUGAUUGAAAAAAUCGAUAAAAGUUAGGUUUUAAAUUCCAGACUGGGCAAGAGCGGAAGGGCGCAGAAAGUUGUAUGUGGUUAGUCAACCUUUGACCACGGUAAGUGCGCAGCCUGAACUAGGUUCUUCUGGGCACAUAGGGUCGGUUUUCGAAACCUGAUGGCGGCCACUUCUGCUGUUGCUAACAGGCGCUGGCCCAGUAGCUUAGGGUAGCUCGAGGGGGCCCUAUAAAUCACACGAAAUGCUUCAGCGGGGCCCCUAUGCGCCUAGAAGAACCUCGUUCAGGCUCCGCGCUUACCGUGGACAAAGAUUGACUAACCACAUACAACUUUCUGCGCCCUUCCGCUCUUGCCUAGCCUGUAAUUUAAAACUUAACUUUUAUCGAUUUUUUCACUCACUAUACCCCGUCCCAUAUAACUUUAUUGGUCUAAAGAGAUGUUAUCGAAAGCAAUGUUCGCUCGCCUUCAUUUUUUCUGGAUAUAUCUAAGGGGAUUUUCACAACUAUAGGAGGAUUUAUUUAUUAUGCCACUGGUGUGAAACUUUAGGACAUUGUUUAGCUGUCUCACUUAUAAUGCACUUCAAUGCUGUCUGCCUACAGAUACUCUCUUGUUUCUUUCUGACUGCAAAAAAACUAUACCCUUCUUGCCCUGAACCUUGGUUGUGCUGACUUUACUAAUUGUACGGCUUCAAGUCAUCAAUAUACGACAUUGUGGGGGCGAAAGAGAAGACACUUCAAAUAUGUUUAAAUGAGGACACAGCGCAUCGCCAGUGGCCAAUUGCUUGACCAAUCUCAGUCAUUUUGAUCAUCGACAGCCUUAGAUUGUCAAAACUACCGCCCUGAUCUGCAGUUGAUGCUGGUGAUGAUGAUGAUGGUGGUGGUGGUGGUGGUGGUGGUGGUGGUGUUGGUGGUGGUGGUGGUGGUGGUGGUGGUGGUGGUGGUGGUGGUGGUGGUGGUGGUGGUGGUGGUGGUGGUGGUGGUGGUGGUGGUGGUGGUGGUGGUGGUGGGUUUGUUGGAGGUCUGGCGUUUAGAGUAGUUGGUUCGUCUUCCCAUCUUCAGAAGCUGGGAAGUUCUGCGCACAGCUCCCCUAACAUGGCGCACUUUGUAUGA